AGAGUCAUUUCCUGCUAUGAACACAGCCUCUGCCUGCGCUUACGACGUAGCUGAGCAAAUAUGUCGUUACACACCUGCAUAACCUGUUCAUAGGGAAUAUGAAAUGCUAAUCAAAGUUGGAGAGGAAAUGACUUCCCGCGCUGGUGUAAUGAGCAGCUUUGAGUCAAGACCCAGGAAGGCUCUUUCGCUCUGGAGGCUUGGCGUGGAUGUGUUUGGACCUGCACCCACAGACCAAGAAGGGGUGUGCUGACGGGCAGACAGCGUAUCGGAGGCCUCGGGAUUCCAAAAACGGGAAGGACAAGAUUUGUGAUUGUUGAUAACGACAGCUGAUGAAGGGGAGAUCACUUUGGGCUGAUCAUGUCCGAAAAAAUCCGAAGGGCAUCACGGAUGCUGCUGGAAUGUCAGAACAAUGACAAACUGUGCUUCAUACGGGAGAAUCAGGCUGAACUAAUAGUCAUCCCAGUCCUCUUGGUGGGUGCAUUUGUCAUUGUCUUAAGCGUCAUACUUUGGCUGCAUUGCCGCAACUGGAGGAUAAAGCAGCAGAACCUUUCAGAAGCUGAACAGAAAGCUGCGGUCCCAGUAUCAGACGAUGAGAAAAGCCCAGGGAAAGCCAGCCUAUCAGAAGACACCUCCAUCCAGCUGAGCGAGAUGACCAUGGAUUGCCUGCUGAGAACGGCAGCCUUAACCAUGAAGGAACUGGAGAUACCACGAGAGAAAAUCUCCCCAGAGUCACUGGAGUUUAUUCAGAAUGGCAGCUUUGGGGGAAUUUACAGAGCAAAACUGGACACCGCCAGUCCCGGGAAAACUCAGCUGGUCAUCUUGAAAGCGUUGCAAGAAUCUGCCACCUCUCACGAGAUGAAAGACUUCCUGGAAAGGAUUAAAUUCCAUCAGUUCCUUGGUCCUCAUGAAAACAUAGUCAAGUUAUUAGGGUGUUCUGUAACCCAAACACCCCUUUACAUGAUAUUGGAGGAUGCUUCUAAUGGAAACCUUCUCAGCUUCCUUUGGACCUGCCGCAGGGACGUGGUGACCAUGAAUGGUUUGCCUUUUGACCUUACAGAAAGGCAGGUGUAUAAAAUUGGUCAACAAAUUGCAUCAGCUCUGGAUUUCCUCCAGGAGAAGAAGCUGUUCCACGGUGACGUGGCGGCCCGGAAUGUCCUCAUUGACCGUGACUUCACCGCCAAGCUCUGCAAGCUGGGACUGGCCUACCGAAGCCACACCUGCGGGCCCAGCACCGUGACGCACACGGUCCCUCUCAAGUGGCAAGCUCCAGAGAGGCUCCUGAAGAAGCCGCCCAGCAUCAAAUCAGACAUAUGGUCUUUCGGAAUCUUGCUGUAUGAGAUGAUCACAUUAGGAGCGCCGCCGUUUCCCGAAGUUCCCCCAUCCGAGAUCUUGCACCAUCUUAACAGGAGGCACAUCAUGAGCAGGCCUUCCAGUUGUCAGCCAGCCAUGUACAGCAUCAUGAAGGACUGCUGGUGUUGGACUCCAACAGACCGCCUGUCUCCCACAGAGCUGAUCCGGCGGAUACAAAGAGCAAUUGAGACCAGCAACGAUCAGGCCGUCCUCCAGGUUCCCGAGCUGGUGGUCCCGGAACUGUAUGCAAAUGUUGCCGGAAUUGACUUGGGAGACCUUGCCAUUGACUACACAGUGUUCUGAAAGAUGCUCUUUCACAGGACAAAAAACCCACUGAAAAUGCAGGGAUCUGGAGCCUCAGGAAUGUAGGUCUGUUAACUGAUCCCUGCUUCUUGGCCCAGCCCUCCCUCUUGGAAAGGGAGCGGCAUCUCCUCUUGCUCCGAGACAGCUAGAGAAGGAACGAAAGAUGGAGUUGUGCCAUUUUGCUUUACCAGUAAACAGUAAUGAAGGGGGAAACUAUGUUGGACUUUUGGAGACAAGAGAACAAGAUCACAGCCUGAUUCCAGCCGUGUUUUCUUGUAAGUCAGCCCCUUUGCGUUCUUUGGGAAUCGCUUCCUAACAAGCACAGCAUUCAAAAGGCCUAGUUCCUUUUGCUUCUCCUGUUGCCCGCCUGCUUGCCCAAACUUCGAUUGUAGGCUCCUCAGGACAGAGACCUGUCUUGAGCCAGGUACACUGAUGGCGCUGUAUUCUUAACAAUUGUUGCUAGAUCUCAGAACAGAAUAUUAAAGUUGCAGGCUACAGA